UUAUUAUUAUUAUUUUGCAAUGAAAAAAUAAAAAUUGGCUAAUUCAUUUCAAGUUGUUCCGUGUACGUGAUGCCAAACACACCAAGCGACGUCUAUACUGGACGAGAAUAGUUAAAUCCCGGUAUCCAAACAUACCCCUUCUUCAACAGCAUCAGCCCGCGCAUAAUUCAAACGAACACAAAGAUUUUGACAACGAAACUAGGCCACCGCACAACCAAUCCCUCUGCGGUUCGCUUUCCCUUACAGUUUUUCCGGUAAAUAUGUCUCACCCAAUCGUCCUCUCCGACGAGGAGGAUCAGAAUGAGCUCUCGACCCCAUUCCACCCAAUCCGAUUCAAGAAGCGGCGAACCGAACCGGACAGUACCACGAUGAUCCCUACGGUACUCAUCCUCGACGACGACCCGACUCCGAAGAAGCCAGGCCUCAACUCUACGCCUUCCUUUGUCCCAGAGACACCGAUGUCUAACGUUGCAAUUGUCAAAUGCACGACGGCAGUGUCCGAUCCCCAAAAUAGUAAUUCGAAUUUCGAGGAAAAAUUCAGUGAUAUUAAUGGAUUGAUUUGUUUGGAGUCUGAUAAUGAAUCCGAAGGCGGAAAUCGAAGGGAAAACUGGAAAGACAGUGAGGCAAUUUGUUCUGAUUUUGGUUCAGGGAAGGACUCAGAUCGGAGUUUUACCUUUACUGAGUCAACAUGUUCUCUCAGACAUGCUGAUCUAGCACAAAUGUCUGAAGAUUAUUCAUGUCCGACCUCUUUACAAGAUGAUAUUCCGCAGGUACAUGAAAGUCCUGACAACGGACAUAGUAGCAUGGAUCAGAUGGAGGGCAGUGAGGAAGAGAGAAGAAGCAGAGUCAACGUCAAGAAGAAAAAUAGUACAAGCGGAGCAAUGGGAAGAAAGAAGAUGACAAAAGAUGAAAGGGAUCGACUAAUGGAAGAGAAGAAACUGAAGAAGCUUCAAGAGAAGUUGCAAAAAGCGGCACUGAAAGCUGAAGCUGCCGAGUUUAAAAAAGUAGAGAAAGAAAAGAAGAAGUGGGAAAAUGGGAAAUUCGCCCUAAAAUCCAUUGUGGCUGAGAUUGAUGCAAAAGUAGUUGAACUGGGGUCAAUUGGAGGAAAUCUGCUGACAAGGUUUGCUGAAAAGGGGCUUACAUAUCGUAUAACAUCAAAUCCAAUUGAAAGAUCAAUUAUUUGGACUAUGAACUUUCCAGAACAUAUAUCUCGGCUUUCUCCUGAAGGAGUAGAGAUUCAAUAUGUGAUGCUUGUAUAUGAGGCUGAAGAAUUUUGUGAUCUUGUUAUCAAAGAAUCCCUUUUGGACCAUGUUUAUGGCGUUCGAAAUCGUUAUCCAUCCCAUACAGUGUGUUACCUAACAAAUAGGUUAAUGUCAUUUAUAAAUAAAAGGGAACAAGAGCACUACAAGAACCCAACGAAUAAUAAUGGUUGGAGACGUCCAUCUGUUGAGGAGGUUCUGGCAAAAGUAACAACUCACUUUGUUAAAGUACAUUCCAGGCAGUGUGUAGAUGAGGCUGAACUAGCUGAACAUAUUGUUGGUUUGACCUGCAGUCUAGCAUCUUGCCAAUAUAGGAAGAAGUUAACUCGAUUGUCAGUAAAUGCUAAUGGGUCCCUUAUCCCUAAGGAUUCUAUCGACCGAAAUUUAAUUAAAAAGAGCUUGUGGUUAAAAACUUUAGUAGCUAUACCAAAGGUGCAGCCACGGUUUGCUAUAGCUAUAUGGAAGAGGUACCCGACUAUGAAAUCCCUUUUGAGUGUUUACAUGGACCCGAGUAAAUCGGUGCAUGAAAAAGAGUUUUUGCUAGAGGACUUGACAACAGAGGGGUUGCUUGGUGGGGACAGGAGAUUAGGGGAAGUUUGUUCAAAGAGAGUGUAUAGAAUACUUACGGCACAAAGUGGAUGUAUUAAGACUGACGAAAUUGAGGAGGGUGCAGAUUUUUUCAGAUGUUGAUUUUAGCUCAUCAUUGUAAUUGUUGACCAUCAAUUGUAGUUAUUUGGUCAAAAUUAGGUGGGUUUGAAUAUGUAUAUACACAAAUUAAAUGGAGAUUUAUAGCUUUUUAAGAAUGAUUUUGAAAACUAUAAAAUAAUAAUAAUAAUAAUAAUAAAAAGAAAAAUAAAAAAAAUAGUAGAUACAAUUUAAAUAAUUAUUUUUGGGUAA